UGGCUCCAGAUUUGCGUGGAUAUGGCCUUACUACGAAGCCCAAAAACCCAGAGGACUACAUGAUGACAAAUGUGAUAGAAGAUCUGAGAGAAUUCAUCCAAAUUUUGACGAUGGCGACCAAGAGAGAUAUUGUCCUUGUCGGACACGAUUGGGGUGGAAUGGCUGCCUUGUGCUUCGCAACCUUGCAUGAAAAGUUAAUAGACGGUCUCAUCAUCAUCAAUGGAGUGCACCCAAUGGCCUUUUAUAAGCAGCAGGGGCGAAGCCUGGCACAAAUAAGGAAGAGCUGGUAUAUGCGGCCGUUUCAGCACCCUGAUAUCCCUGAGAAGUACAUCAUGAUGAAGGAUUUCGCUGUGUUUGAGAAGAUGCACAAGGGAUUCACCUUAGAGGAGGAAGAGGCCCACAAGUACAUGUUCUCCCAAAACGGCUCGCUAACUGGUGCCCUGAACUAUUAUCGAGCCUUCAACAAAGACCAAGACCAACUAAAGAAACUACCGUAUCGCAAGAUCAACGUCACCACCGUUAUUCUAUGGGCCGUGAAAGACCAAUUUCUCACCCCACGUAUUGCGACGUACAAUCAAAAGUGGCUGAAAAAUUCAAAGGUGGUGUACUACACGCGGGCAAGUCACUGGGUGCUCCGGGAGUGCCCCACGGAGGUCAACGCCCACAUUCGGAACUUCGCGAUGGAUGAAUGGGAGGAUGUAGCGCCAGAGGAGAGGAGCCUGCAGGCAUGGCAACCAAGUGACAACCCAUGUGCCGUGUCCAUGAAAGCGGGCAAGAAGAAAAAACCACCUUCGUUUGCGUUUCUUCCACCCAACGCAUUCGUUCCCAAUUUCGCCCAAUAAUACUGCCUUCACUGUGAGCUCUCUUGCUUGGUGUUUUGGCUUCGUCUAAGGUAAUAAAAGAGCUGGUUCAUAAUUAAUUUCGCGUGAUAUGAGAAUUCGUGGCACAAUAUACAGGAUUACCGGAUUAUGCUAAUAAAAAUAUCUAGGACUACGUGCUGCCCUCUAUGUAAGCUAUGUAAUAAAAAUUGUGGCUUUG